AUGUGUCGUAUUAACACAGCUUUGUUUGGUAACAUAGACAUCACUUCUCCUCUGCCUCCUUCUGUACAUUCUAGUGACAUUGUUAGACACAAACGUACACAUACAGGAGAGAAACCAUAUCAUUGUGAUAUCUGUGGUAAAUCAUUUUCUUACAGUAGUGUCAUUGUUAGACAUAAACGUACACAUACGGGAGAGAAGCCAUAUCAUUGUGAGAUCUGUGGUAAAUCAUUCUCUUGUAAUAGUUAUUUGGUUACUCACAAUCGCAUUCAUACUGGUGAGAAACCUUAUCAUUGUGAUAUCUGUGGUAAAUCAUUCUCUCGUAAUAGUUAUUUGGUUACUCACAAUCGCAUUCAUACUGGUGAGAAACCUUAUCAUUGUGAUAUCUGUGGUAAAUCAUUCUUUGAACCUAAUGUUUUAACUAACCAUAAGAAGAUUCAUACUGGUGAAAAACCAUAUCAGUGUGAUAUCUGUGGUAAAUCAUUCUCUUGUAAUAGUAAUUUGGUUGAUCACAAUCGCAGUCAUUCUGGUGAGAAACCUUAUCAUUGUGAUAUCUGUGGUAAAUCAUUCUCUAAAAAUAUUAACUUACGAAGUCACAAACGUAUUCAUACAGGAGAGAAACCAUAUCAUUGUGAGAUCUGUGGUAAAUCAUUCUCUUAUAAUUGUAAUUUGGUUACUCACAAUCGCAUUCAUACAGGAGAGAAGCCAUAUCAUUGUGAUAUCUGUGGUAAAUCAUUCUUAGAAAAUAGUGCCUUACGAAGACACAAACGUAUUCAUACAGGAGAGAGGCCAUACCAAUGCGAUAUCUGUGGUAAAUCAUUCUUUGAAAAUAGUGAUUUGGUUACUCACAAUCGCAUUCAUACAGGAGAGAAGCCAUAUCAUUGUGAUAUCUGUGGUAAAUCAUUCAUUGAAAAUAGUGCCUUACGAAGACACAAACGUAUUCAUACAGGAGAGAGGCCAUAUCAUUGUGAUAUCUGUGGUAAAUCAUUCUCUCAAAGUCAUCACUUGACUAAUCACAAGCCUACACAUACUGGUGAGAAACCUUAUCAUUGUGAUAUCUGUGAUAAAUCAUUCUGUCGUAGUCGCGGCUUGGUUAUACACAAACGUACACAUACAGGAGAAAAACCAUAUCGUUGCGAUAUCUGUGGUAAAUCAUUCUCUUGUAAAAGUCAUUUGGUUGAUCACAUACGUACACAUACUGGUGAGAAACCUUAUCACUGUGAUAUUUGUGGUAAGUCAUUCUCUCAUAAUAGUCAAUUGACUAGGCACAGACUUACUCAUACAGGAGAGAGACCAUAUCACUGUGAUAUCUGUGAUAAAUCAUUCUCUCUUAAUAGUCAUUUCGUUACUCACAAUCGUAUUCAUACUGGUGAGAAACCUUAUCAUUGUGAGAUCUGUGGUGAGUCAUUUUCUCAAAGGCAUCAGUUGAAUAGACACACACAUACACAUGGAGUAGAGAAGCCAUAACCUUGCAUUAGUUGUUGUAAUUCAUUUUUUGGAAAUGGUGUUGUAACUACACACGAAAAUCUUCAUACCAGACACAACCUAUAUAAUGGUCAUGUCUGUGUUAAAGCAUUCUCUCAUAGACUUAACUUAACUGUCCAUGAACGAAUCCCUAUAUGAGAGUAGCCAUGUCAGUGUGACAUGUGUGGCAAAUGAUUCUCUCGAAAAAGCCACAUGCAUAAACAUGUGGCUAUUCACAGAGACGUGUUACUGUCUCAAUGUCAAAAUUUAUUAAGUCAUAACAAUAAUUA